AUGCGCUUCAGAAAUCUACUCUCCCUAUCCAUCUCUUUCCUUCACAUUGCAUGAUAGCCGGACACAUUUCCAAACAAAUCGGAGCGCACACCUACGCCUUAUCAACUGUCAUUAACGACUCGUGUAUCGGCAUCCUCCUCCCACUCGUAUUUGCCCUCGCGCUCUUCGCUCAUCCGCCAGAACGAGACCAGGCGCUUGUGCGACUUGAACUUCUCGCGAGUGCGAUUCUCGUGUCGGCGGCGGUGGAGCAUCCUCAAGAACUUUUUCUCGACAACCGCCGCAAAGUGGAACGGCCGCGCCGCAGACAGUCGACAGUCCUCGACGGCUUCUGGUCCAUUUUUUUUCGUUUGAUCCGCGCUUUUGUCCUCGUCGGAGUUCCGUGCCGUCCUCGCGAGGGGAGUAACAGGAAGAGGUCUCAAGUGGCGAUUUUCCCUGUCGUCGUUUGGUUUGUUUUCGCCUUUCCUUCGACUGGGGCACACUCGCGACAAAUAGGCAGCGAGCGGGGCGGUUGGUGUUUGUUGUGCAAUUAAUCAAAAACCUCGAGCGUGUUCCGGGCAGAAGGUAAAUAAACAGACAGUGCAGGCCGAGUUGGUGUUUUGUGUGCUACUGGCGGAGGGCGGUCAGACGGCGAUGCGGACGGGCCGCGACUCUGGACGGGUGCCUUGAAGUGAGUCCGCGAAGGAGCCGCAGCUCCUGCUCCUUAUCAGUGUCCGGAUUGGGAUUCCGCCAUAUGACUGGGUAGCCGUUGCGUUUUCGCUGGCCAGCGAAUUGGCUGCCACUUGCAGUGUUGCAUCGAUUUCUGCUAGUUUGUCGCGUGCUGCUCGCGCCGUCCGAGCGGGCCGUCUUCCAAGGACGAGACAACUUUCCGCACGGCAGAGAUCCAUUGGCACUGUCACUGCCAUUGUCAUCCUCUGCCCGUCCAGCGCGAGCCGUCUUGGUUCUUUGUGCAUUACAUAAACGGGCCCCGUGCGAACAGUGCACAUUUCGUCCUCCCGGCGAGCGAACCUCGGGGCAAAUCCUCGGAAACUCCCAGUUAUCGAAAUCCGCUUAGCGUGAAGAAGAUUCUGAGUUUUGUGUGUGAAACGUGCCGUUGAGUGUUGUGUCGCCUCCGCGAAAAGUGACUCCUCGGGCAACUUGGUUCUGGGGUGUGUUGUCGCGCUCCCGUCGCCCUCGCCGCUUCGAGUACGCUGGCAGGAACCCACCCUGCGGACCACGGAACCCCAGCCCACCGGACGGGGCCAGCAUCCUUUAAGCAAGCAACAAUAGCGCUCAUCCACUGAAUCCUCGAUACGCGACGACGACGUCGGAGGCAUCCCUAAGCACCCGGGCGCUGCUCUGGAGGACUCAUGGAUCGAAGAAUGCUGGGUUCUGUUGUGAUGCAGAAAACAUACUACACACUAUUCAUUGUUGACUGAGAAAUUUUGUUCCUGACCAUUGAAUCCUGAUAGUAUUAAUCUUUUCAUUAAACCUUCAAUAAACUACACUUAGGACUACAAAAUGCAAGAGAACAAUAUAUCAACGCCUCCAGCCCCAAAUGGUAUCGACCAAGCACAAUUUGAGGCCGAUAAACGUGCCGUUUACAAACAUCCUUUGUUCUCGCUAUUGGCGCUAUUGUUGGAGAAGUGCGAACAGGCAACGCAAGGCUAUGUGCCUUCAUCGUCGUCAAAUUCAUCCACAUCCAGUCCGAAUGGAACUAAUAAUGGUAAUGGAGAUGGGGAUAGUUUUUCUAGAGACAUUCAAGCCUUUGUACAGUUAUUAGAAAAAGAAAAGCGUCCCUUGUUAACAAAUAAUGCUGAAUUAGAUGGAUUGAUGAUUAAAGCAUUGCAGGUUCUACGAAUUCAUUUAUUAGAAUUAGAAAAGGUGCAAGAAUUAUGCAGAGACUUUUGUACACGCUAUAUUGCUUGCCUUCGAAAUAAGAUGCAAUCUGAAAACUUACUUAGGUCUGAUUAUCCUCUUGAAAAUAAUAAUAAUCUAUCAAAUUCCAACAGUCCAAUUAAUAGCCCCGAACAAGAGCAAGUAACGAGUCAAUCUAGUAAUUUUUAUACCAAUAAUGAUUAUAUGCCUAGCACAGAAACCAGUGAAUUCAGUAGUAUGCCAGCAGCCUAUAAUCUAUCAUCAACAAACCACAUAACCGACAAUAGUUUUAAUAAUAAUUCCAAUGAAUUAAGUUCCAAUGGAAAUACAAUUCCUAUGGCCAGUCUUCCUGUACAACAUACGCAAAGCAAUAUUGCGUUGCCGCAUCAACAAUCGCCAUCGGUCACGCCUGCGGCCGUCAAUCCCAUAAAUGCUUCUCAAAUACUGGGAUCAACUCCUCUUAGCCAAAUCGGAUGUCCGCCAUUGUCCUUAGAUCAAUUUUCAGGACAACUAUCACCAUGUGGAAGUUCUGACGAAGUGGACUCCGAAUUAGACUCCAAUAAUGAUGACUUGAGUUCGAACCUAUCAACUAAUUCGGGAUCGAAACGACAGAAACGAGGAAUAUUGCCAAAACAAGCGACAAGUGUGAUGCGAGCGUGGCUGUUUCAGCAUUUAGUGCACCCUUACCCAACGGAAGAUGAAAAACGCGCAAUAGCUGCACAAACAAAUUUAACACUUCUACAAGUCAAUAACUGGUUCAUAAAUGCACGUCGAAGGAUACUCCAACCAAUGCUUGAACACGCUAGUGACAACGGAUCCAAUCAACAAGCUCGCAAGAAAACACCGCCCAAUAGUAGCCCAUCAAAACGUUUUUGGCCGGAAAAUCUUUCAACACAAAAUAUCAAUCCGGCCAUGAUUGAUCCCAAUAUUGAAAAUAUGAGUGGAAAUAUAAAUCGUGCAGAAAUCGAAAGAUUACCAUCACAAAAAUUGGAUGAGAACUUCUAUAGUUCGGAAGAUAGUAAUGACAGUUUAGUAAUCGAUCAGGAGUGUUGAAUGAUCGCAAAAGAUUAAAAGAUAAGCGUUGUCCUGUAAUUUAAAUAAGAUAUGAAAAUGGUGCAAUAAAUAACUAUUGAAUAAAUAUAGUUUUAAAAGGAAGAAGCAGUCAGUGGAGCUUUUGAGUUUGGAAAAGAUUCUUGGGGAAACAUAUUUACUUGGCGAAUACCGGACCUGGUUAAUCCUGGCAAUUUAAGGGCGCCAUUUAUAUUGUAUCUACAAUUUUAUAUUAUUGUUUUGUGGCCAAUGUCAGCCUUGUUGCCAUUUCUUUUUUUCUAAAACAUUGUCAGCUGCAUAUUGUUUUUUUCAGCAGUUUUUCAAGGAUUAUGAGGAUGAUUUUUAUGAUUUUUUUAUGAUUUUUAUGAUUUAAUCAUGAUUUUUAUUCGCGAUUUUUUAUGAAAUCAAUGAUUCAAAUUACUUAAAAAAUCUGGAAAAUGGAUCACUUUGUAAAUAUGUUUUCCAAGAGAAUAUAUCCCAAAGCUAAGAUUCACAAUAUAUUACAUAUACGAGUACCCAAGAGAUUUUAUCUUGUGCGUGUUAUGAACUUUCUCGCAAUAAAGUAUUUUUCGAAAGUGUACAGUGGCGGUAAAAAUGAUAAGACACCCCAUGUUUUUCAAGAAAUCUUAAAAAAAAAUAAAACAAUUUCAAGAAGCUGUGUAUGCAUCUUAGAUAACUAGACGUAAUUGCAUUCGCCUGAGUAAUUACCUGGGGUUUCCCCGUAUAAAAAAUCCAGUAAUUAAAAAAAGUCGGAUUUCAGGUAGGUAAAAAAGAUAAGACACCUUAUAUUGGUUUGGGGAAAAAGCAAUGUCGUAUUUGUGAUCGAAUUUUAACGCUUUAUUUAACAUACUUAGAAUUAUCCGGUUUAAGUCAAAUAUGCGCGCGUUUUGUUCGCAAACUUGUUGCCAUU